AUGGUGAAUAAUUUCUGGGCUCAUUCUAAGUCUUAUAAUAGGAACGCAUAUGUGCAGACCCUUGAGAAAAAGAUCGAGAAUCUGGAAACGUCCCUUCUUCGUUCGGGGCUCAUACAACUUCAGACCUUAGACCCGACAUCUUCGUUAGGGUCUAGUGAUGUACGAUCGUUGGCACGCACAGACAGACAACCCAGUGCAUCCUUGUCGCCUCCCGGAGAACCCUCUACUAGUCCGACAGUCGAGCAGAUUUGCGAAACAGAUAUCCCGACAUCGAAUGUGCCAACGACGAAGCCCUCGAGUGGAGCAAAAAGUCAAAUAUCAGCAGUAUCUCGAGAGAGGUUCUUUGCGUUGCUCCCAAAUGAGAACAUCGUGAAACGUCUUCGUGUCCAAGUGCGUCGCGGCCCAUUCACCAGUGCUAUAUUUACAGAGCUUCCGCCAAAGGGCCAUCUUCAAUCUUUGUUUGAAGUAGCCUACGAUGAUUUCAACUGUCUGUGGCCGUUAUUCAAUCCAUCUAACUUGGUGUCACUCCUUGAUGAGCACUACGCAAGUGAUGCUGCCUCACCCCACGGUGAUUUUGGGCGCUGGGGUCUGCUGAACGCCGCAGUAGCGAUUGCAAUUCAGUCCCGAGCAGCCGAGGAUUCAUGUCGUGAAAUGAUCGAUCUAUCAUGGCACUUCUUCAAAAAUUCGUUCAGUGUGUUACCAGCGAUUCUCUCUCGGGGUACAGAUCUCCUGGCUCUGGAAGCACUUCUGGCCAUGGCCCUAUUCAUGCAAGGAUCAAGUGAUUCACGGACAACCUCCACUCUAAUUUCUGAAGCUGCGAGGUUAUCAUUAACGCUCGGAUUUCACAGAAAGACUUUUUAUGUGGGCAUGGAUCCGGUCACUGCUGAGCGCCACAGGCGCGCAUUCUGGAUUGCAUAUAUACUUGAUAAGGACAUGUCCAUCAAAACUGGAAUGCCGUCCGUUUACAACGACGACGAUAUCAGUCUUGAUUAUACAAAUUCAGAUUCACUCGGUUGCCCUGGGAAGGUUUUCGCCUCCGAAACCUGUGUGGAAGCUAUUGUUUUCCGACUACGGGCCCAGCUGGCCGUGAUCGAAUCAAAAAUCCAGAAUCAGUUGUAUUCUGAAAAGAGCACUGGUUGCAGUGCAAGCCAGCUUUUACAGGCAGUCAUGGAGCUGGAUUACCGGCUUGAGGAUUGGAAGGGAAAGGUCCCUUUAGAUAUACAACCAGGCCACAUCAUUUGGUCGGCCGUUGCUCCGCGAAACGAACCUAUAAUCAUAUUACAUUUUGUUUUCUAUCGCGCUAUGAGCGCAGUUCACAGUUUCGCGGCGCAUCUUUUGCCAGUUGAGGAUGUCACUCUCUAUUCACAAUCCAUUUCUUCAGGGAUUAUUCAGACGAGCAUGGCCCAGGAAUCGGUGCGCCUGCUGCAGCAUUUACGGCCCCAGAUACCAGGAUAUCUCUGGCAGAUUCUCUUCUAUCCUUUGUCUGCAUGCAUUGCACUGGUAGCAAUUUUGCUUAAACAGCCCUCCGACGUGCGAGCAAGAUCCCACUUGGGACACAUUGGUGAUUUUGUCAAGUUUCUCACCAAGGUUCAACAACGUGGAGACCUUGAUGUGGAGCGCAUGCUCUGUCUCUGCACUCAAUUUCAAAAAAUCGUGCUUGAUACAAUCCCAGCAGAGACAGACGUGCUCCAGUCAGCAGCCAGUGGUUGUUACCCCAGCCCACAUGCGAAGGCUCAAGUAAGUCCAGGGACACAUGGAUGA